UCUAAAGCCGCAGGUGAAUUACUGAAUUGGGAUGAUAUCCGGAAGAUGAAGUAUUCAUGGAACGUGACUUGUGAGUCAAUGAGGCUAACUCCACCUGCACAAGGGGCAUUUAGAGAGGCAAUCACUGACUUCACUUUUGCCGGUUACACGAUUCCAAAGGGAUGGAAGACAUUUUGGACCGUGUAUACAACUCAUAAGAAUCCCAAAUACUUCCCUGAUCCGGAGAAAUUUGACCCCUCAAGGUUCGAAGGAAAUGGACUUACACCUUUCACCUACGUUCCCUUUGGAGGCGGACCUCGUAUGUGCCCUGGAAAAGAAUAUGCUCGGCUCGAAAUACUCAUUUUUAUACACAAUCUAGUGACCAAAUUCAAGCUUGAGAAGGUCAUUCCAGAUUAAAAGAUAAUCUAUAAUCCAUCGCCGGUGCCCGCCAAUGGUCUUCUUAUUCGCCUCCGACCCCUUAACUGAUAGCCUAGUGUACUUAAUAAUUUAAAAAGCUUUAAGAGCUCACUUAUAGGUACUCUUGUUGUACACUCAGCAUUCUACUGGAGUCUGUUUAUUUUAGUUUCCCCCAUGUAAUUCGAUCAAAAAUAAGAUUUUCACUUAGUCCCUCCAGAUA